AUGAUUGGAUUCGAUUGGGCGUGCGGUGCAGUGGCAUGCACAGUGAGGCGCGGCAAGGAGCUGACGUGGGGGAGUGGAGGGCGCAGCGCGGGGAUGGGCGUGGCGAGGAGGGAGGGGGGGAGUGGGCAGCAGGCGGGCAGCAGGGGCGGAGGAGCAGCAGGUGUGGCGGCAGGGCGAGUGGAGAGCCCCGUUGAGCCCCGCGUGGCUGCAUCCCCGCCCUGCCCUCCCCUGCAUGGCGCUGCACCCCUGCCGCCUGCCCCGCCCUCUGCCUCUGCCUGCCCCCACACAGCACCCGCGCAAGGCGUGAGCAGCAGGGGCGCAGGAGCGCGCACGGAGGGGGGACGGAGGGGGAAAGGAGGGAAAAAGGGGGAAAUGGGAAGGGAAACAAUGAGCGCGAAAGGAGGAGACGGGCAGUGGAAGAGGAAAAGGAUCGAAGUGGGCAGGGUAAAUGAGGGGGACGGAGCGGAAAACGAGGGGGGAAGGAGGGAGAAAGGCGGGGGAAGAAAAGGGAAUGGAGGGAGGAAUGGGAGGGGGAAGGGAGGGGGAUUGGAGGAAAAGAAGCAGUGA